AUGGUGCGACAGCUCCUGGAGAACGAGGACGCGUCGCUCCCCGGACGACCCGCCGCGGCGGGCGGGCACGUCGUCGCCACGUGCAGGGACCCCGACAACGCCACCGCGCUCCACGCGCUCAAGGCGGCAUACCCCAACAGGCUGACCGUGGUGAGGCUCGACGUCGAAGACUCCGCUUCCAUCGCGUCGGCGGCGGAGACGAUUGGAGCGGCGCACGGGCGGGUGGACGUCGUCGUGCAGACCGCGGCGGUGCUGCACGUCAAGGGGGAGAUGACGCCGGAGACCAGCAUCGCGCGCGUGGACGAGGCCGCGAUGAUGCGGUCGUUCAGGGUGAACGCGAUGGGACCCACGCUCGUCGCCAAGGCUUUCUCGCCGCUGCUGAUGGAAGCGACGGCGAGGUCCGCCGCGGACGGCUCGGGUCCCCCGGCGAUUGUGGCGAACUUGUCCGCCAGGGUGAGCUCCAUAGGCGAUAACGGGCUCGGCGGGUGGUACUCGUACAGGGCGUCCAAGACGGCGCUGAACCAGCUGACGAAGAACUGCGCCAUCGAGUUUGGGAGGAAGAAGCACCAGGUGAGCUUCAUCUUGUUGCAUCCGGGCACGGUGGACACCGACCUGUCGGCGCCGUUCAAGAAGAACGUGCCGCCGGAGAAGCUGUUCACCACGGAGUUCAGCGCGUCGGCGCUGCUGAAGAUCGUCGGGGAGAAGAACCAGUCGGACACCGGCAAGUUCUUCGCGUGGGACGGCAGCGAGAUUCAGUGGUAG